AUGCUCACCAACACUCCCAAAUCAGAUCUAAUCAACAGAGAUACACAAGACCAUAUCACCCAGGUCAAUCACACCCCCAGCAAAACAAGACAGAAAAAAGAUACUACCAAUCCCCACGAAGAAACUAUAGAUCACCACACCACUUCUAAAAACAGAAUACUUCACCACAAAAUUACCAUAACCACCCCACUCAUAGAAGGACUAACACUACAACCUACGAAUCAUCCACACAAGGAAGAAAUACAUAUGACACCACCCCAAGACCACAAAGAAAUAGAUACUCCCAUAAAGACUAUGAACAAACCCAACAUAAGAAAUCACCCGUCAUCUUCACUCACCAAAACAGAUAUCAACUACUAUCCAUAG